AUGUCAUACAUUAUCAGCAAAUCAUCAGCCUUUCAGUCAGGGUAUAUUAAUUAGCAAGAGGAUAAUAAAACCUAAAUCGUAAUUAUUUCUCCAGAGAGAAUGAAUGUUGAAAGGGAUAUUUAUCUAAAAUUGUAAUAAAACAAAUGCUUAAACAUUGUUAAAAUUCUAAGGAUUUACGAGAAUUAAAUUGAGAUUGAAGAUGUACCGAUGACAUUAUUAUAAUUUAUGAAAAAAAGACAAGAAUUAUCAUUAGAGCUCUCAUUUCAAGAAAUAAAAUUAAUAAUGGCCUAAAUUAUCAAUGGAUAUUAAUACUUAAGAUCUCUAGGAAUCAUUCAUAGAAAUUUAACUCCGCUAACAAUACUAGUUCAAUAAAUUAAAGGUAGAAUCAUUAUAAAAAUAUCAGACUUUAGUGUAUCAAGUUUAUUAAAGAAUAAUUAAUUAGGAACAUCGAGAGCUGGUACGCCAGCGUAUUGGGCUCCUGAGAUGAUGUUUUAACCUUAAAAUGGUUACGACGACAAAUGUGAUAUAUUUUCUUUAGGAAUUAUUUUACAUCAACUAUGUUUUUAAACUUAAAUGCCUUCAGAAUUUAAUGAUUAAUUUGAGCUUCAAUAGUUUAUGCAAAAUUUACAGAGGCAGAAUUUCAAAUGUUAAAGAGUCACAUAAAAUAUAGAAAUUGUUGAUUUGAUAGAGAGAAUGAUAGUUUAUGAGCCUCGAAAAAGGGUGAGUUGGGAUGAACUUGCAAAAAUUCCUUUUUUUUAGUCACCUUAUCAACUAUUAAAUAAUAGAUAUCUAGUUGACUUUUCUCAAUAAUUGGGAAGUGGUAUGUAGGGAGUUAUAUUUUUAAUAUAUGAUUUAAUGCAAUCUAUAGAAUUAUGUGCAAAAGUUGUUGAAACCAAUUCUUACGAGGGAGGUUUGGAACUCUCAAUUUAUAAAAAAUUGAUUUUAAAAUCAAAUGCAAGAGGAAGAGAAAAUAUUAUUAAAGUAUUCGAAUUAAUUGAUGAUCAAUACAAGACUUAUGUGAUUAUGGAGAAAUGCGAUGAAAAUAUUCAAUAAUAUUUUUAAAAAUAGAAAACCAUAAGCAAUGAAGAAAUUCUGGACUUCUUAAAAUAAAUUAUUAUAGGUUAUAAAUAUUUGCAAGACCUAAGCAUAAUCCAUAGGGAUUUAAAGCCAGAAAAUUUAUUAAUAAAAUAUGAAGGUGGAAGAAAGAUUGUUAAGAUUAUUGAUUUUGGAGUAAGCAAGAUUUAAUAUCCUUAAAGUUUAGCUAAGACUGUUGCGGGAACUCCAAUUUAUUCUGCCCCAGAAGUUCUUGAACCCACUGGAAAGGGGUAUACAAAUAAAUGUGAUAUUUAUUCUUUAGGGACUAUGCUUCAUUAAUUUGUUUUUGGGUCACUAUACUAUAAUGCAUUUACUUUAUAAGAAUUAAAAGAUUAUCAAAAGAAAUUAAAAAUAAAACCAUUCCAAUGCCCAGGAAAAUCUAUUUUCAGUAAUCUAAUAGAAAAAAUGUUAAUAUAUGAACCUGAGUAAAGAAUCACUUGGGAAGAGUUACUCGCAGAGGUUGAAAAACUAUAAUCAUAAUAAAACUUUAUGGAAAGAGAAUCUAUUUUAUAUGAUACAAUAUCGGCUUCAAUACUGAGAUAUUUAGAUUGCAUUCAAAUAUUUUCAUCUAAAUUGGAAUACGAAUUGAUAUAAUUUAUUUAGAAGUAGCCUGAAAAGAUAAAGUAGAAAGCCUUCUAGUUAUUUUAUUUUUUACUCUUUUUUAGUUAAGCAACAUUGCUGGACUGUCAAUAAAUAUUUGAAAAAUAGCACAUCUACAUAGGGGGCUACACCUUAAAGCAAGAAACAGAUUUUUAAAAAAUUAACGAACAAAAAUUACAAGGAUACAUAGAAACUCUUUAAGUAAGUAUUGAAGCAAUUUCGAUCGAUUAAGACUGGAAUUUUAAGAAAGUGUAAGAUGAAAUGAUGUCCGAGCUUGAAAACAAGAAAUUGACAUGCUGUGAUAUACAUGAGUAUUUCAAUCGUAUUUAUAAGCCUUAAAUACAAAUAUAUUCUGAAGCAUCUUGGAAAUUGAGAUACUAUCUAACGAAAAUGUCAAAUAUCUUUAUAGAUUAUCCAAUCAUAAAUAUUAAUCUCAAUAAGAUUUUGUAUCCAUAGUUAGCGGAGAAGAUAAAAGAUGAAAAUGUUCAAAAAUAAUAUUUAGAAUUAAAAUGGAAUAGUUGA